AUGGAAAAUCAAAGGCGAAAAAACAGCUCGGGCGAUAAGUUUUCGUUCCCAAUAAUCGCAGUCCGAGAUUCAGAUCCCUAUGAAUUUGAGUUUGGUUGUGUUACAAAACCAGGCUCUCCAAACUCUCCAGCUGAUCAUUUGUUCUUCAAUGGCAAGCUCUUACCUCAUGUUUUUCCACUUAACCAUCCCACAAAUAAUUAUUCCUAUUCGCGUUCGACGAGCAGAACAAGCAGCAUUAGCAGCAAGGAUUCUCUUAUGUCGUCACGCAGUAAUAGCACGAAUAGCAGGAGCAGCAACUGCAGCAGUUCUAGAACAAGUACAAGUGAGACAUCUGAAAGGAAAAUCUUGAGGACUGGAGGAAAAAUUCCAGGGAAAAAACCUGUUUUAAAUCCACAAUACAAAUAUAGUUCUUCUCAAAGAUGGCAAUUUAUCGUGCCUGCGCCUGUCUUGAUGCAUCAGGAUUCAAGAUCAAGAUCAGUAAAAGUUGAAUGCAAAGAGUUGAAAUCAAGGAAAAUGGAAAAGGAUACUGAUCAUGGAAAAUCAUGGAUUGGCAAGAAAGUUUUGAGAUCAUUUGUUUCAGCAUGUAAAAAAUGCCAUGCCAUAGAAACAUCAUAA